UUUACUACUGGAAAUCUGGAAUGAAUGAGUCCUUUUAUUGAAUACUCGAGAUUCUAUAUCCAAAUGUUGGGUCCACUGCACUUUUUUCUCUCCUUUUUCAUAUUUCUCCCAUUUGUAAAUUGAAUUUGAUCUCCUGCUGUUUUUCUUCUUCUUGUUUUCUAAUCAUUUUACUAGGAAAAAAAAAGUCUGCCUAUAAUUUCUGGGUAGUGUCUAGAGUAGUGAUUUUUCUGAGUGCACUUUUUUUUGGGAAAGAGGGAAAAAAGGGAAGAAUCCUUUUUUAGGUGAGUAUGUUGCUUUUUGAGAAGUGGGUUUUAUUUUGUUUGUGGGAUCAUGUGGCAACUUAGGAAGUGUGGCUAGGUUUUGAGAUAGAUAGAUAUUUAUUUAGAUAGUUUUGAUCCUUUAACUGCAGUUUCUUCAAAAUCAAUUCAUUUAAUUGAACAAAAAAAUUUGAUCUUGGCAUCUAGGAGAUGAGAAUUGAAGUGCUUUAUGCUGUGUGUAGAAUCUAGCCAGAGGAAGGGUAUUUAGGUGAGGAUGAAAAGAGGGAAAGAUGAAGAGAAGAUCAUAGGGCCUAUGUUUCCAAGGCUACAUGUGAAUGAUACUGAGAAAGGAGGGCUAAGAGCUCCUCCUAGAAAUAAGAUGGCUCUUUAUGAACAGCUCAGCAUUCCUUCUCAAAGACUUCCUCUUCUUAGUUCGAAUUCCGAGCUCGCAUUGGAGCAGAGGGUUGCAAAUGAAAGGAGUACGUUUUUCUCGUAUCAGUUGCCUACCGGACAUCCAUCGGACAAGCUAUACAGCCAAUUUUCCGAUUUCGUCGCUCCAUCAAAGCAAGAGAGCCAGAAAAGGAAAUUGGAUGAAGAAGACUUCAGAGUUCCCAUUCUCAACCACUAUGUCCAAAGUCGAGAAAGUGGUAAGAAUGGUUACGACACAGAGCAUGAGAAGGUCCCUCUUUCCAAGGCUUCUGAUGCUGAGCGCCUUUCGAAAUUCCAUAACUACAGAAAGCAAGUAGGUAAGAGCCAAACGGAAUUGAACUCGAAAGAGACUCCCACUGAUAGAGUAUCAAAUUCGUCUAGCAUUGCAAAGGAUAGAGGUCCGAAGAUGACAACUGAUUCCUAUCUGAACCGUGAACCAAGAGAUACUCAUGCUAGUUCUAAUAUUGAGCCAGUGGUCAAUGUUGAUUUGGAUCAGGCUCGUAAUCAUCACACUAGUGCGUUGGCGGAGAGUUCUGCAGCAUUGGAUGAAAGAGGUUCUGCAGGAUCUUAUCCUUCAAGAGAUCAUGGAAAUUCUCGUGAUAUGGGAAACGAGGCAAGAUCUCUAAAGAGAUCGUUUAGAUCAGUGCCGAUGAAGAACUUGGAGAGGGACGACAAUGUGUCUGAGAUUUCUGUCAUGGAGUCCGUCGUCACAGUGGAUAUGACACCUGAUGAUGUGGUCGGGGUGAUAGGUCAGAAACAUUUUUGGAAAGCCCGGAAAGCCAUUCUUAAUCAACAAAGAGUUUUUGCUGUUCAAGUAUUCGAGUUGCAUCGACUCGUAAAGGUCCAGAAAUCCAUUGCUGAAUCGCCACAGCUUUUGGUCGAUGACUCGGAUUUAAUUGACAAACCUACUAUGAAGGUCUUGCCCGGGGCGAAAAUCGCACUGCCUGCUCCUGUUAAGGCAAUGCCAAAUAUUCCCAAGCAAAUAAGUGAAACCGAGAAGCCGUGUGCAGACAAGGAAAUCUCGGCAGAAAACACCACUGGAAAAGCCUCGUUUUCAUCCAUUCAGAACGAUCUGCCCCUGCCGAGCAGCCAGCUGGUGACGGGCAACUCUCCGGCCCCGUCACUCACCAGCAAUCCGAAUGCGGCGCCAUGGUGCUUCAAUCAACCUCCAGGGCACCAGUGGCUGAUCCCUGUGAUGACUCCUUCGGAAGGAUUAGUAUACAAGCCCUAUCCGGGGCCGAGUUUUGUUGGGCCGCCAGGACCAAACCCGACAAUCGACACUCGACCGUAUGGGAUUGCAGGUCCACAUCCGCAUCCUCACUACCAGCCGCUGCCAUUCCCUCCGUCCGGGCCGUCAGGCCCACAUGGAUACUUCCCAACAUAUGGCAUGCUGCCGAUCAUGAACGCAGCCGCAAUGUCAAAUUCGUCCGUAGAGCAAAUGAACCCUCGACCUAUCCCGAGUCAAGCUUCGGCUGGCGAAGCCAGCAUCUGCGUCCAGCGUCACAACGCGUCUUCGACACCGCUACGCCACCUGAAACGGGCUUUUAGAGACGGGGCGAGCAUCUUGCAUGUGCCUAGGGAUUCUGACCAUGUACGAGCUUUUACAGACGGUACGAGUAGCCCUGUCGAGAGAUUGCAAGAUAGUAGAGGAAGCAAUGAUGCGGAACGAACAAACGAGCUACUUUUCCCCACGGCUCCAUCUUCCGACACUGGGAGAUGCAGCCCGGCUCGGCCCAAGCCCGUUCGCGUGACACAGGUAAUCAGGGUUGUGCCUCAUAAUGCAAGAUCAGCGACUGAAUCUGCUGCUAGGAUUUUUCAAUCCAUACAGGAAGAAAGAAAACAGUAUGAUUUUUCGUAAGCCUUUCUUUGUUUUUGAUUCCAAGCCCUUGUACAUAUUAUGUAAUUUCAGCAUUUAAUAUAGUUUUCUUUUCGACUUA